GCAUACACAAUAGUUAAGUGAUAUGUGAUUGCUUAUAAGAGAAAUACAGUAUAGAUACAUUCAAACGUUUAUAAAGUUCCUGAAAUGCGGCUCUGGAAGCCAACGGCAGUAUGGCUCAUUCCAUUCUUAAUAUGCAAUUUCCCGCAGGGCUCCGACGCACAGGAGCCGGAAAUCAUCGAUCUGGUGGAAGAGGCUGACCUGUUCAACGAACCACAAGGCAUCACCAAAUUUCCGGGUCGUUGUCUGACCCAUCUCGAAAAUGAUACAACGCUGAAUAACUUGACUAGAUCCGAUUGGGCCUACAAUUUCAACAAGCAAUCUCAGAUUAUGCUUAGCACGGCUUCGUACUUUCCCAAAGGCUUUCCUCAGAACUUUUCCAUCCUCAUGGUGGCAAGGACCAAACCUGGAGUUACAUCCAGCGCUUUGAUCGUCUACAACGAAGAUGGAGAUGAGCAAUUGCAAAUCACCAUUGGUAAAAACAUAUACUUCUACUAUGAAGAUGUUGAAGACGAAUCUGAAGAUGACGAUGUGCUUAUCACGUUUGGCGCUUCUAUUGACGAUGGAUUAUGGCAUCGCAUUGCGUUCAGCAUUAAAGGGAAUUCCAUUACGUUAAUUUUAGAUUGUAAAGAAAUUGUGACUAAACCUCUCAAUAGGUCACCCAGGUCACGGAUAAGCUCAUCGGGAAUUACCAGUAUUGGAUACGACCUUGAAAGCGAGAGUUUCUACAACGGAGAUCUGCAACUGCUGAAAAUCGCCUCGACCCCUGAUGAAUCGUACGAGCUGUGCACUAAACACGCUCUGGACUGCAGCGGAUACGUUUCUGGUUUUCAGGUGAACGAAGCUCUGGAAUUCGGAUCUUCCGGAAGCGUCGAUGAAGGCGAGCUAUUGAAUUCGCGCAUUAACUUUGUUUCGAGUUCAAGUUCACUUGGGGGUUCUUCAUUGGGAGUCGAUUUUAAAGUUAGUGGAGACGAGAUCGAGGCUGGUGAGGUUUUAGGCAGUGCAGAAGCAAGCGAUUUAAGCAAUGAAGAAGAUGGUCUUGCCUUCAGCGGUUCAGAGGAAAGUCUACUUGAACCAGACGAUGGCAAACUUGAGACCAGAAGUGAAAAUAAUUCAGUGUUGGUUACAGUUAACGAAAAUACAGGUAUUAUAAAAGAAAUUAAUGUAAAUGUAGUUAAUUCGACGCAUACGAAAAAUUCGACUGGAGAAGAUUCUCAGGAAGAAGAAACAUUAUAUACAUCUUAUUACAAUAGCGUAUUCAGAGGUCCUCCAGGCCCUCAAGGUUAUCCCGGACCACCUGGACUUCCGGGUCAGAUGGGUCCGAAGGGUGAAACGGGAAGAAGCGGUAUUGCAGGAUCUGGUGGAAUUGCCGGUCCUCCUGGCCACGUCUUCAUGAUACCUUUGAAUAAUCAAGGAAAUGAAAAAGGUCCGGAUGGUCAGGCUGAAAAUUUCAGGCAGAUGUUGUCCCAGCACAUGAUGGCUAUGCGCGGAAUAGAAGGACCUAUGGGAUUGACGGGAGUACCAGGACCUGAAGGUCCUCCAGGUCAGGAUGGACUGAAAGGCGAGCCUGGAGAUAUCGGAGAGCCUGGUCCGAGAGGUUUAAGAGGUCCUAUUGGUAACAGCGGAAGGGAAGGAAGGAGAGGUAGACCUGGCAGAGAUGGCGAACGUGGUGUUUCUGGUCCUCCUGGUGCUAAAGGAGAGCAAGGUUUAAUUGGUUUACCGGGUUUACCAGGAGAUAAAGGUGAAAGAGGAAACCAUGGUAUACCUGGAGAACAAGGAUUGCCGGGCCACGAAGGUUUACAGGGUGAAGAAGGUCCACAGGGAUUGCCAGGAAUGCCCGGAGAAAUAGGUCCAAGAGGCUUUAUGGGUCCUAGAGGUGUUCCCGGAUUGCAAGGAAAUCCUGGUAUUCCAGGCAAUGAGGGUCCGCAGGGUAUUAAAGGUAGCCCAGGUCCAGCAGGACAGCCGGGAGCUCCAGGUCAACCCGGACCGACGGGUCCAGUCGGUGCCCCAGGUCCUCAAGGUCUACUCGGACCGCCUGGUAUUAUGGGUCCCCAAGGAAAGUCCGGAAUACCGGGAUUACCAGGAUCAGACGGUCCUCCUGGUCUUAACGGAGCACCUGGUUUACCAGGAUUAAAGGGUGAUCAAGGUUUGCAAGGUCAGCAUGGUCAAAUAGGAUUCCCCGGUGCUCGCGGCGCCAAAGGUGAUGAAGGUAAAAGAGGACCUAUGGGCGAAAAAGGUGGUAAAGGUGAUCGUGGAAUGGAUGGAGAAAAAGGUGAAAUAGGCCUUAAAGGUGAUAUCGGUCCAAUGGGAAUGCAAGGCGCUAUGGGAAUUGAAGGCCCUGAAGGUCCUAAGGGAAUGGAUGGUCCGAGAGGCGAAACUGGUCCACCAGGUGUUCCUGGAGAAAAGGGUAAAACUGGAAUAUCCGGUUUUGCAGGAUAUCCCGGAAAUCCUGGUGAGAAGGGCGACAAAGGGGCAACUGGUAAGGCUGGUCCUCAAGGAGACAAAGGUGAAAGGGGUAACAAUGGUAUUGCUGGUGAGCGUGGAGAAAUCGGUCCACGUGGUUAUCGAGGAUCAAGAGGUAGAAGAGGAUUUGAUGGUAAAUCAGGUCCAAAAGGUGAUACAGGUCAACCAGGACCGCCAGGCCCUCAAGGAGAGCAUGGUCCACCUGGUCCGGAAGGAGCUCGAGGAUUUACCGGCAACACUGGUUCACCUGGUGCAAACGGAAAGGAUGGUGCGCCAGGUCCACCAGGCGAUAGAGGUCCAUCUGGCAAAAAUGGGCCACCAGGAACACCAGGUCCAGCAGGUGUUAUUGGUCCUCAAGGAUCGGUCGGAGAACCAGGUCCUGUGGGAGAAUCGGGUAUUCCAGGUAUUCCUGGAUUACCGGGAGAACCAGGACUUCCCGGAGAAGCGGGUAAAGAAGGUGCUGCAGGUUUAGCAGGACCCCCAGGAAAACCAGGUAUUCCAGGAAGCGUUGGAUUACCAGGUUUUCCAGGAGAAAGAGGAAUGACUGGAUUAUCAGGAGCACCUGGACUAAAAGGCGAUGUUGGACCAGUCGGUCCUCCAGGUUCUGCUGGAGAUAAAGGACAGCAAGGCGAGGCUGGGAAAGAUGGGUCUCCAGGACCUGAGGGACAAAAAGGAACGAUGGGUCCAACGGGAACGGUUGGAUCUAAAGGAGAUCGCGGCGAGCAAGGAUUGCCAGGACCUUCAGGAAGAGAUGGUAUCCCAGGUGCAAGAGGUUUACCUGGACCACCAGGACCUAUUGGUAGUCCAGGAGAGGACGGAGAUAAAGGUGAUGUCGGACCACCUGGUGAAAAGGGUUUCAAAGGAAGUAAAGGAGAAUUUGGACCACCUGGAAAUCCUGGAGCGCAAGGUAUUCGUGGAGAAUUGGGGCCAGUUGGUCCUCCCGGUGAAAAGGGACCACCAGGACAAAUGGGUAGACACGGAAGCAAAGGCGAAGAUGGGCAACAGGGAAUCGCUGGAAAUCCAGGAGCUCCAGGACCUCAAGGUCUUCCUGGCCCGCCGGGAAUUAAAGGCGAAGUAGGAGAUAUUGGAUUGAAGGGUCCUGUUGGUGCAGCCGGUGUACCAGGUGAACCAGGUGUUAGAGGAAUACCAGGAAAAGAAGGACCCCGCGGAGCUCCAGGAUCUGAGGGUCAGCAGGGAAGCAAAGGAGAUUCAGGACCACCGGGCGUUAUGGGAAUACCGGGGGAAAAUGGAAAAAUGGGUGAACGAGGUCCAGCAGGACAAAAGGGAGAUGAUGGAAAAGCGGGUGAACAAGGUUCUCCAGGACCUCGUGGAGGUGUAGGGCCAGAGGGACCGAAAGGUUCUCCAGGAACUCAAGGAUUUCCUGGACCACCGGGUGAACCUGGCCUUGUUGGAACUAAGGGAGAACCUGGAAAGCACGGUGACGAUGGACGUGCAGGAGAAAUUGGUAACCCUGGAUUACCGGGACCUAUAGGAAUGAUGGGACCUACAGGACCACCUGGAAAACCAGGACAAGAAGGACCAGCGGGUAUGCAAGGAAAUACAGGAUUGCCUGGCGACAAAGGAGAGAUAGGUUUACCAGGUCCUCCGGGAUCUCAAGGAAAUCCAGGACCACAAGGAAUGCCCGGUCCGAUCGGUUUGCAAGGUCUUCGCGGAUCUUCAGGACCAGCUGGAGAAGCCGGUCCACCUGGCGGUACAGGUCCAGCGGGAGCUAACGGAAAAACAGGAGAUGCAGGACCGAGAGGAUCCAAAGGUGAUCGAGGUCGAAGAGGCAUGAAAGGUCAUAGGGGAGAAAUAGGUUUAACGGGAAUGAAGGGAGACAUGGGUGAGAGGGGUCUAAAGGGUGAGCAGGGUGUAAUGGGACCUGUGGGUGAGAAGGGUAACACCGGCCCAGUAGGUAUGACCGGUAUGAAGGGAUCAGAUGGACCUAUGGGUCCCCAUGGUUUGGAAGGACCUAUCGGAUUGAAAGGAACCGAAGGUCCCACCGGUGUUAAAGGUGAAUCUGGACCAUUGGGUCCACCGGGACCACCAGGCGCUCCUGCUGAAAUGCCACUACUUCCACCCGAGAUUCUCUUCCGACACGAAUCAUCAAGGAAACGAAGAAGUCUUGAAGACAUCGAAUCAAGCAUGGAAGACUUGAAGGAUGAAAACUUCAAGUAUAUGGAUAUGUAUAGUGUUAUAUACUCGAUGAGGCAAGAUCUUGAAAGGACACGUAAACCGGUGGGAACAAGGGAAAAUCCGGCGCGUUCUUGCAGAGAUCUUUACAUCGGUUAUCCACAGUUUCUUAAUGGAUGGUACUGGAUUGAUCCUAAUUUGGGAAUGAUUGAUGAUGCAAUUUACGUGUACUGUAACAUGACGACGGAGGGUCACACUUGUAUUUUCCCAGACAUUCACAGCUCGAGCAUGCCAAAUAUUCCAUGGAGGAAAGACAGUGAGAAGAAUGAUUGGUACUCCAAUCUUCGAGGUGGAUUCAAGAUUACCUACGAAUCCAUUGGAACCGUGCAAAUGACUUUCCUGCGUUUAUUAUCCCAGAACGCCUACCAGAACUUCACUUAUACCUGCAUGAACAGCGCCGCUUGGUACAACAGUCAACUAUCCAAUUUCGAUAUGUCCAUUAAAUUGUUGGGAAGCAACGAGCAAGUAUAUUCCGCAUCGGGACCAUCAAAACCAAUGAUCGUAAGCGAUGGAUGCAAAACUCGUAAAGCCAAAAGCGAAACAGUUUUCGAAGUGAGAACAUCAAAAUUGAAUCAUUUGCCUUUGGUCGACUUCUAUCCAACGGAUUACGGAUCACCAAAUCAAGCGUUCGGGUUCCAAGUGGGACCGGUUUGUUUCUUGUAAAUGAAUGAACAAUA